GUUGCCAGACCGCCUGCAUAUUCCAUCCGCCGGUAUGCACGCCCAUUGAGCUCCAUUGUCUCCCUUUCCUGCGCCAACGUGUCUGCAGGCCCUCCGUUCGCGUUAUACCCGCGACCGAAAACAAACAACUGAGCGCUCGACAGCCCGCGACCUGAGGAUAUCGCCGUUCGCCCACACACCCACAGAACAAACCGAGACACGGCUCGCGCACCUCACGCACCUCCUUCAGCAUGUCGUUUAGCUUUGGAAACCUGGGCGGCGGGGAAAAGAAGACGGGCACCUUGUUCGGCAGCACCACAGCGCCGUCUGGAGGCCUCUUCGGUCAAUCGCAGCAGCAGCCUCAGCAGUCCAACACAACAGGGUCUAGCCUCUUCGGAUCCACAGCGGCGCCCCAGAACAACACGACCAGCUUGUUUGGGUCGACACAACCGCAGCAGCAGAACACGGGCUCCAGUCUCUUUGGCCAGCCCCAGCAACAGCAGACUGCUGGCUCAAGCCUCUUCGGACAGCCUCAACAACAGCAACAACAGCAGCAAAAUGCUGGCUCGAGCCUGUUUGGCCAGCCGCAGCAGCAACAACAGCAACAGCAACAACAAGCGCCACAACAGCAGCCUAACAUGAGCAACAGUCUCUUUGGCGCCUCGCUCCAGCCAGCUCCCUUGCUGAACAACGUCCAAGCGCAAAGCAUCCAACAGCAGCGCGAAGGGCUCCCGCAGCUGCGCCAGUCCUCGGCACAGCCUUUCGCCGGCUCUACCAUGAGUGGCCAACGGGAGAAGUCGGUCGUCGAGCAGAUACGAAUCCUCAACAACAAGUGGGACCCGGCAAACCCAGAAUGUGUAUUCCAGUACUACUUCUACAACUCGGUCAAGCCAGAAGAAGCGCCGUUCUACGGGCCCUCGCAAGGCGAAGACGAGAGAAAAUGGGAGGAGGCGCUGUCAAAGAAGCCGAGCCCAGGCGCCAUCCCCGUGCUUGCGCGUGGCUUCGAACAAGUCGGAGAGCGCAUACGGCAGCAAGCCGCGGCUGUCACGGCGCUGCGAACACGUCUGCACGAAAUCAACAAUAGUCUGUCGUUGCUCAAGGACGCACAUGAGCUGACUGUAGCGUCGCGCAUCACUGAAGCGAAGCGGAAACACAUCGUCUUCACGCAGCGAACACUGGCCCUUGCGACCAAGGUGCAGAUUUUACGGAACCGGGGAUAUGUCAUGGACCCACAGGAGGAGGACCUGAAGAAGAAGUUGAUUGAGCUCGAGAAGCAGGCCUUUGACCCCGUGUUGGGAGGUCGGCAAGAGGAGAUUUGGGCGCGCAUGUCCAGCGUUCGUGAACGCGCGCGGAUACUGCAGGAGGAGACAGAGAAGCUGGGCAGGAACAUUGACAAGCAGCAGAACGGUGAACUGCUCUCGGACGAAGACCAGAAGGCGCUAGAGAAGCUUCUGAAAGAUUACGACCGUCAACUCGAGCACCUCAAGAAAUGGGUUGACGACACGAAAGAAGAGUACGACGAGUGGGAGGCGACAAAGCAGACGAGGCCAGCAAAGCGAUAA